AUGAAAUGCUUUUGCUUACUUCCCACAGGAAUGAAAAAGAUGUUAUAAAUCCUACAAUUUUUAGGUAAAUAAUAGGUUUUCUAGAUAAUAUUUUAAGGUUUAUUUAAUAAAUAUGUUAAUAAAGUUAUAGAAAGUAGCAUCCUAAAAAUAUUAAAUUAUUAAUUCCAAUUAAAGAUAAACAGUUAAAAUUAAAAAAAAUCUCACAAUUAUCAAUUUUUAUGUAAGCAAGAAAAAAAAAAACUUGGAGAAUGUUAGGAAAAUCGAAAAAGAAGAAUGAUGCAAUGGACGAAAAGCUCAACCAAAUCAAAAAUCUAUUUGAAAAAGGCAGCCUAAGGAUGGCUACAUUUAUCCAAGAAGACGGCAAAGUUUUAAGUCUUCACAACCGUGAAGACAUAACCGGAGCUGAAGUAGAUGCGCUUUUAUAUCAAAUUUCCUCAAUCAAGCACCAAUACCGCAAAAUCAUGGCGAUCACUGGGCAAACUAAAAGCCAGCCUAUUCACAUUCAAGGAAAGUACAUUGGGAUUAGCCUAUAUGAUUUGCCAAACAAUUCAAUUCUAGCUCUUGUCAUUGAAGUAAAUUCUCAUUUUUCUGAGCUAAUAGAAAUAUCAAGCACACAGGCACUAAUCCAAGCUAAAAUUGAUGAAAUUUUUAGCACCAGUACUAAUCUAAGCUAA